AUGACACAGAGCGUCAUCGUAUUUUGGUUACUCUGUCUCGUGGGACGCACACUGGUUGCUGUCAGCGUGAACGUUGGUCGCUCCGAUGAUUCGCUGCGUCUGGUAGGAUUUCAGCAGACGAGAGAAUUUGAGUACAGCUCCAACAUUAUCUGGGGUCAAUAUAUGCGACCAAACAACAGCAGCUUCCUGCCGCAGUGUAUGAGGGUCUACGUCGACUUUUGCUUUUUGAAAGAUUGCGGCGACAGCAGUCUAGGUUGGAUCAACAUUUGUGCCAUGCACACUCACCCGUGCCUUGACAUCGCCUGUCCCUACAACAGUUCCGUCGUGAGCAUCUUCACCUGCACGUGCGACGAGAAGGAGCACAUAUUCGUGGAUAUUUCCAGAGGGCCGCAAGAGAUCGUGAGAAACGCCGCAAUGAGGUUUCGUUUGGCCAGCACGUCAGAGCCCAACAGCGCGGACGUCCAUGUGAGCCGGACUUUUGACAUUGAAAAUGAGCUCAUGGAUCUUGUGGCUAGCAGUCUAACAUUAGAAUUCCUGGGCUUCGAACAGCCUUGUGAUGACUGUUACAAAGAUAGUGUAGUGUAUGCGGCGUUUAGAGAGCAUCAGACGGUGUCAGGAUUCAAUGAAACGUUCCAGCUGUUCGUUGACGUGUGCAUCACGGGCAACUGUAAGAAGUCUGGGAGCUCAUGGAUGGCGCAAAGAGCACUUAUGAAUCGCAGGUAG